AUGCGAGCAAACGUUAUUUCCAUUGAACAAGAGAAUAAAUUAAAAGAAGCUUUUUCUUUAUUCGAUCGACUGGGUGGCGGUGUAAUUAGUAUACAAGAUCUUGCUUUUGUUAUACGUUCUAUUGGUUAUCAAACGACACCUUCUGAAUUAGAAUCUAUGAUUCGAGAAGUAGAUCGAGACGGUGAUGGUUUGAUCGAUUUUGAUGAAUUUAAACAAAUGAUGAUUAGUAACGAUGACAGUCGAUUCGAAAUGUUUAAUGAUGAACUGCUCAAUGAAGCUUUUCGUAUCUUUGAUAAAGAUGGAAACGGUUUUAUUAGCGAAAUGGAGAUUCGUUCUGUGAUGAGUAAUUUAGGCGAAAAACUAACUGAUGAUGAACUUAAUGAUAUGAUAAGAGAAGCUGAUUUAGAUGGAAAUCGUCAAGUAGAUUAUGCUGAAUUUUCUGCUCUUGUUCGACGUCUACUUCAAAUACAAAAUCUUUCAACAAACUCAAUGACGAUCAAUGAAACUGGAGCGUAUGAAGGCCGGGGCAUUAUUCCAUUUAUUGAUGAAGAUCUCGAAGAAGAACAUAUUGAUCAUAAAAAUGACAAUAACAGAAAAUAA